GCCACAAUCUGAAAGGUCCAGGUGGUCUGCUCGUGCUUCCUAAUGCAAUCCAGCACAACAGCUUUAAUAAACAGCUCUAUUUAGUUCUCCCUCCCUGUAUCCAGGGAAGUGAACUGGUCUGGGGCUGCUGUGAUGAAAUGCCAGAAGAAUAUCUCUCAAAGGCCUCACAAGCUGAUUUUUAGAGCUUUUCCGUUUUGUCGUCUUUGUCUUCCAAAUGGGAUCCAAUGAUAGCUGGACAAGUCAGUAAGCCCUUGCUGUCACUGCGGAGUGAAAUGAAUGCAGAGUUGAGAGGUGAGGACAAGGCAGCUACUUCAGACAACGAGCUGAAUGAGCCCUUGCUUGCGCCUGUGGAAUCAAAUGACAGCGAGGACACUCCCAGCAAGCUCUUCGAGGCCAGAGGAAACACGGUGCUGCCUGACACGAGCCCAGCAGACCAGCACCAACCCAGUCAGUCCCAUCCUGCAUUCCCUGUUGGGCCUCAGCCGUUACUGACAGCCCAACAGUUGGCCUCAGCAGUAGCGGGGGUGAUGCCGGGAGGCACUCCAGCCCUCAAUCAGCCCAUCCUUAUUCCUUUCAACAUGGCUGGGCAGCUGGGGGGCCAACAAGGGCUCGUCCUAACUCUACCUACAGCGAAUCUCACCAACAUCCAAGGGCUGGUAGCAGCAGCUGCAGCAGGAGGCAUCAUGACUUUGCCAUUGCAAAAUCUACAAGCUACCUCAUCCCUGAACUCUCAGCUUCAACAGCUUCAGCAUCUUCAGCAGCUCCAGCAUCAACAGCAGCAGCAAGGUCAGCAGCAGCAGCAGCAAAGCCAGCAGCAGCAGCAAGGUCAGCAGGCACAGACUCCACAGCCAGCCCAGCAGACCCAGCAGCCACAGCCACAGCCAUCAGCGCCACCGCAGCAGAACCAAACACAGUCCCAGAGCCAGAACCAACCACCUCCGGCCCCACAGUCCUCCAGCUCCCCUCAGAAACCCAGCCAGUCACCAGGGCAUGGCCUUCCAUCCCCUCUUACUUCACCAAAUCCAUUGCAGCUGGUGAACAAUCCGCUAGCAAGUCAAGCAGCAGCGGCUGCCGCCGCAGCAGCUAUGGGCUCGAUAGCAAGCUCACAGGCCUUUGGCAAUGCCCUCUCCAGUCUUCAGGGGGUCACAGGUCAACUCGUCACUAAUGCACAAGGACAGAUUAUUGGAACAAUUCCCCUGAUGCCUAACCCAGUCCCCUCCAGCCAGGCGGCAGGUGGAGCUCAGGGACUUCAGGUGCAGCCGAUAACUCCACAGUUAUUGACCAAUGCCCAGGGUCAGAUCAUCGCUACCGUCAUCGGCAACCAGAUACUCCCAGUGAUCAAUACCCAGGGAAUCACACUAUCGCCGCUCAAGCCAGGCCAGCAGCUCCAUCAGCCCUCCCAGACGCAAGUGGGACAAGCAGCCUCACAACCCAAUCUCCUGCAUUUGGCUCACAGUCAAGCAUCUAUGUCUCAAAGCCCAGUGCGUCAGGCUUCCUCUUCUUCCUCCUCAUCCUCCUCCUCUUCAGCUUUGAGUGUUGGCCAGUUAGUCAGCAAUCCUCAAACAGCCACUGGAGAGGUGGAUGGGGUGAAUCUGGAAGAAAUCCGAGAAUUUGCCAAAGCUUUUAAGAUCCGGCGCCUGUCCCUUGGCCUGACACAGACUCAAGUUGGCCAAGCCCUGAGCGCCACGGAAGGCCCAGCCUAUAGCCAGUCUGCCAUCUGCAGACACACCAUCCUGAGAAGCCACUUUUUCCUACCACAGGAAGCCCAAGAGAACACUAUAGCUAGCAGUCUGACAGCCAAACUGAACCCUGGCCUUUUGUAUCCUGCCAGGUUUGAAAAGCUGGACAUCACCCCUAAAAGUGCCCAGAAGAUAAAGCCGGUGCUUGAGCGGUGGAUGGCUGAGGCUGAGGCCCGCCAUCGAGCAGGUAUGCAGAACCUUACCGAGUUUAUCGGAAGCGAACCAUCCAAAAAGCGCAAGAGGCGUACCUCAUUCACGCCACAAGCCCUUGAGAUCUUGAAUGCCCACUUUGAGAAGAACACGCACCCCUCUGGGCAAGAAAUGACAGAGAUUGCAGAGAAACUGAACUAUGACCGGGAAGUAGUUAGAGUUUGGUUCUGCAAUAAGAGGCAAGCACUGAAGAACACAAUUAAACGUUUGAAACAACACGAGCCCGCGACGGCAGUUCCUAUGGAGCCUUUAACAGACUCUCUGGAAGAAAACUCCUAAGAACAAAACCAAACCAAACCACACACAAAAAUCCCUGCACCAACAGAACCCUAACCAUUCGAACUCUGUGAAAAUACCUGUUCAUCACCCUUGUAAGUAAAAGACUGAGAAAACCACAAGAAGGACAGAACAGUUUCUAAAUGUCCGUGAGUUUUCCUAUUUAAAAAAAAAAUACACAACACUUAGCGUGUGUGUCGUAGAAUUAGUUCCCAAAACAACAAAAAAAAAAAAAAAGAAAAAGCCAGUUUUUUUAAAUGGACAUAAAGUAAACCAAAUAACUGCUUACUUUUUUCUGUAUAUUAUGAAAAUGUGAACACAUUUUAAGGAAAAACAAAACAAAAAGUACAAAAAAAGAAAAAAAAAAGAAAAAAG